AAUGUCUGCAAAGCUGAGCAAGUCAUCACUCCUUCCACAAACUGCAGAGGAGUCUGACAGCAUUCUGAUAGUGAAGAUGGAAGAGGAAGAGCAGGCCUGUGAUCUGGACUCCAGCCUCCCCUGGAGCCGCUCCUGCAGCCCAGAGACCUUCCGCCAGCGUUUCAGGCAGUUUGGCUGCUCUGAUUCCGCGGGGCCCCGGGAGGCCCUGAGCCGGCUCCGGGAGCUUUGCCAUCAGUGGCUGAGGCCGGCGGUGAACUCCAAGGAGCAGAUCCUGGAGCUGCUGGUGCUGGAGCAGUUUCUGAGCAUCCUGCCUGAGGAGCUGCAGAUUUGGGUUCAGCAACAUAGUCCAAAAAGCGGCGAGGAAGCUGUGACCCUGUUGGAAGAGCUGGAGAAAGAAUUUGAUGAGCCAGCUGAGCAGGUCUUUUUUGGACAAAGUGAGGACAUGCCUGCAGAGAAGCUGAUAGCCGGGGAAAUCACUCAGGAGCCCCCACGUAGCCGGAUCAAGCCCGGAAAGCAGCCGCUGCCAUGGGCAUCCCCGGAGUUUCGCUCAAGACAAAAAGCUAAAGACCCGAAAACUAUAAAUGUGAAUUCAGCUUUGACGCAAAAGACUUCUCCAGGCAUGGAGCUGCAUUACACCGUUUCUAACACCCUUCCUGUGGAUGCUCCCCAGAGUUGCACGUAUAGAAGAGGCAGUGAACAAGAUGGCAAGUUUGAAAGAAGACAGAGAAACCCUUUUGGAAAAAAACAACACAAGUGUGAUGAAUGUGGCAAAGUGUUCAGUCAGAGCUCAGCGCUUAUCCUCCAUCAGAGAAUCCACAGUGGGGAGAAACCUUACGCAUGUGGCGUGUGCGCAAAGGCUUUCAGCCGGAGUGCUGUCCUGAUUCAGCAUCGAAGAACGCACACUGGGGAAAAACCCUACAAGUGUCAUGAAUGUGGCAAAGCCUUUAGUCAGAGCUCAAAUCUUCUCAGACAUAGGAAAAGACACAUGAAAGAAAAAGUUUUCAAAGGAUGCAUCAACUGUGGGAAAAGUUUUUCAGAUCAUAUUGGCAGAUUUGAAAGAAAGAGAAAUCCCUCUCGAAAGAAACAACAUAUAUGUGAUGAAUGUGGAAAACACUUCAGUCAGGGCUCAGCCCUCAUUCUUCAUCAAAGAAUCCACAGUGGGGAGAAACCCUAUGGAUGUGUUGAAUGUGGGAAAGCAUUCAGCAGAAGUUCUAUCCUUGUGCAACAUCAGAGAGUCCAUACUGGAGAAAAACCUUACAAAUGUCUUGAAUGUGGAAAAGCCUUUAGCCAGAAUUCUGGGCUCAUUAAUCAUCAGAGAAUCCAUACUGGGGAGAAACCUUAUGAAUGCGUUCAGUGUGGGAAAUCUUUCAGUGUGAAUUCAAAUGUCUUGACACGACAGAGAGUUCAUGCUGGAGGAAAGGUCUAUGAGUGCUUGGACUGUGGGAAAGCCUUUUGCCAGAGCUCAAAGCUGAUUAGACAUCAGAGAAUUCACACUGGAGAGAGGCCUUAUGCAUGUAAAGAGUGUGGCAAAGCUUUUAGUUUGAGCUCAGACCUUGUUAGACAUCAGAGGAUUCAUAGUGGUGAAAAACCCUAUGAAUGUUGUGAAUGUGGAAAAGCUUUCCGGGGCAGCUCAGAGCUCAUUAGACAUCGGAGAAUUCACACUGGAGAGAAACCCUAUGAAUGUGGUGAAUGUGGGAAAGCCUUCAGCCGAAGCUCAGCCCUCAUUCAGCACAAGAAAAUUCACACUGGAGACAAAGGCUAUGAGUGUACUGAAUGUGGUAAGGCUUUUGGUAGAAGCUCUGUCCUUAUUGAACAUCAAAGAAUUCACACUGGAGAAAAACCUUACGAGUGUAACGAAUGUGGAAAAUCCUUCAAUCAGAGCUCAGCCCUCACGCAGCACCAGAGAAUCCACACUGGGGAGAAGCCUUAUGAGUGUAGCGAAUGUAGGAAAACAUUUAGGCACAGGUCAGGCCUUAUGCAGCACCAGAGAACUCACACCAGAGUUUAACUCUUGGGUAAGGAUUGUACAAUUGUGUAAUACCAGGGAUUCACUUUGGUGGUGAGAUUCCCACCAAAGUGAGAAGUUUCCCGAGACCAGGGUUUCUGUCCUUCCAGUCUAAGUCAGUACUUGCUGUACAAGGAGAUCCACACAAAGGUGGUUGUUGAUGUGUUGAAUGGGCGCCUUCACGGUAAAGCCAGGUUU